GGGGAGGAGGGGGAGGAGAGCAGAGCAGGAGCCUGCAGGAAUCAGAGACCUUUCUUUUGUCCUCUCGUUCUCGGGACCCCGACACAUGGGGUCAACGCGGGCUGAAUGGGUUCCUACUGAAAAGACUGCCUCGGACUCGGACGCACGCAGACGCCGAUGAGAGAGCGCGCGCUAAUUAGGAAAACCUGGUCGAGCAAUUAACACCGAGGAGAGAAGCCGCGCGGAAAGAGCUCUUUUAGCGCCCUGGUCACCUUGGCACCAUGAGUUGGAGCUUCCUAACCCGUCUGCUGGAUGAGAUCUCCAACCACUCCACCUUCGUGGGGAAGAUCUGGCUGACUGUGCUCAUCAUCUUCCGCAUCGUGCUGACAGCCGUCGGCGGUGAAACCAUCUACUACGAUGAACAGAGUAAAUUUAUCUGCAACACGCAGCAGCCCGGUUGUGAGAACGUGUGCUACGACGCGUUUGCUCCGCUCUCGCACGUACGAUUCUGGAUCUUUCAGGUGAUCUUGAUCACCACCCCCACCAUUAUGUACCUGGGCUUCGCCAUGCACAAGAUUGCUCGCAUGGAUGACAACGAGUACCGGCCCGUCCGGAGCCCCAAGAAGAGGAUGCCCAUCGUCAGCCGCGGGGCAGUUCGAGAUUACGAGGAAGCCGAGGACAAUGGAGAGGAAGACCCCAUGAUAGCUGAAGAGAUUGAACAAGACAAGCCUGACAAAGAAGAAAAAAGCUCCGAGAAAAAGCAUGACGGCCGUCGGCGGAUCCUGCGCGACGGCCUGAUGAAAGUCUACGUGUGCCAGCUGCUGUGGCGCUCCUCCUUCGAGGUCGCCUUCCUUUUCGGCCAGUACGUCCUCUACGGCUUUGAGGUGAUACCCUCCUACGUCUGCACUCGCUCGCCGUGCCCGCACACCGUGGACUGCUUUGUGUCCCGCCCCACCGAGAAGACCAUUUUCCUGCUGGUGAUGUACGUCGUGUCUUUCCUCUGCCUGCUCCUCACCCUCUUUGAAAUCAUCCAUUUGGGCGUGGGUGGCAUCCGCGACACCUUCCGCAAGCGGGCCAUGCUCGGCUCACGUGCCCCCCUUCCGUCCUCCUCGCGUUCCAUGCCCACGGCUCCGCCCGGCUACCACGCCACCGUCAGGAAGGAGAAACUGAAAGGAGACCUGAGGGACUCGCCGAUGGCCGACUCCGGGCGGGAGAGUUUCGGGGACGAGGGGCCGUCGUCCAAAGAGCUGGAGCGGUUGAGGAGGCACCUGAAGCUGGCCCAGCAGCACCUGGACCUGGCCUACCAGGUCGAUGAGGGAAGCCCUUCACGGAGCAACAGCCCCGAGGUCAACGCGGCUGCACAGACGGCCGCCGAGCAGAAUCGCCUCAACUUUGCCCAGGAAAAGCAGGGGGAGGCAAGCGAGAAAGGAAUACAUGCCUGAGCGUGCUUCCUGCCUCAAACGUCUGUUCUUCCAUUCCCACUGGCCUUAAACACAUGGAGGAAGCACAUAUCGGAGUGCAGUCAGACCACUGAGGGAGACCACUGCGUGUGUGUGUGUGUGUGUGUGUGUGUGUGUGUGUGUGUGUGUGUGUGUGUGUGUGUGUGUGUGUGUGUGUGUGUGUGUGUGUGUGUGUGUGUGUGUGUGUGUGUGUGUGUGUGUGUGUGUGUGUGUGUGGAUGAGAGAAAUAAGCCUUUCAGUAUUAGGGGUCAGAAAGAAAAGAGAAAAAUGCUGACCAAGCUGUGUUGUGACAAAUGGUUCAUCUCCAGGACUCUAAACUUGAAAGCCGGCCACAUCUCUGGUUACUGCAUGCUGACCUCCUUCCAAACCUUGACUGUGCCUUCGGCUGAAACCUUGUCUACACCCUGUUCUUUCGCCUGCUCUUGUGUUUUUGUGGCCAUGCAGUAAUCCUCGUCCAUUUCAGACCUUGUAAGGAUUAUCGAAAGCUUUAAAGUCCUCUGGCCAAGUGUGCUUGUGUUGUCUCCCUCACAAAGAGAGGCUCUCUAUUUAUGAAAUGUCGCCGAAUGUUGGUCUCACUUUUGACAAUCUCAAAGAACGCAGCCUUUGGUUAUGUCAUUUCUGGAGCGUGUGCAGCAACAAGGGCGGCCUAACCUACGCUAGAUGAGUCCUGUUUAAUUCAAACAGAUUAAUGUUGGGGAUUAUUGGCGUUGAUCAGCCACAAACCACACCAUUUCAGAAAUAUUUGACAGAAUUUUGAAGCCUGUAUAUUUACUCCAAUCGGCCAAAAUGUUUACCUGGGAAAUGCUUGAAUUCUUUAACGACAGGAAAUGUUCCUAAGAAUAAAUUUUUUUCUUUUGUACAAUCAAUUCAUUUAAAAUAUUCCAUAUUUUUACCAGUACUUAACUCCAAUAUUUACUUUUGUCUAGAAGGGAAGUUUUGGCAUCACAAAUGCCAGCUAUUUCACACGCUCUUAGAUGUCAGUAAACCCCUUCUUUCCUAAAUGCAGUACUAUAAAAGAAAAAAUUAUUCAUCACAAUGUUAGUCAUUGCAGAAAUUUAAAGAACAAUUUUUUUUUGUGAGUUUUUUUUUUUUUUUUUGGCUAACAGCUG